AUGUCUGCUGACCUUACUGAAGAACAAAUUCGCGAAUUCAAGGAGGCUUUCUCCCUUUUCGACCGUGACGGUGAUGGCAGCAUCACCACCAAGGAGCUUGGAACCGUCAUGCGAUCGCUUGGACAGAACCCCACCGAGGCCGAGCUGCAAGAUAUGAUCAACGAAGUCGAUGCCGACGGCAAUGGCAGCAUUGACUUCCCCGAGUUCUUGACAAUGAUGGCCCGCAAGAUGAAGGACACCGACUCGGAAGAGGAAAUUAAGGAGGCUUUUAAGGUUUUUGACAAGGACGGCAAUGGUUUUAUUUCCGCUGCUGAGUUGAGGCAUGUCAUGACAAAUCUCGGCGAGAAGUUGACCGACAGCGAGGUGGAGGAGAUGAUUAGGGAGGCUGAUGUUGACGGUGACGGCCAAAUCAAGUUCGUUCACCUGAAUGUUCCUAUGCAGUGCAUUGCUAAUCAGUUGAUACAGCUAUGA